UUAAUGUCAAGCCACAAGUGAUGUGUACGUUAACAGUGUGUGACCAUAUUUUUUUCAGGAGAAAGUGUUCUGUCCGAAGAAUAUAUUAAUAUAUAUUAAUAUUAAUAUAAAUUUUAGACUUUUAUGAAUCUUACUUAUCUGUCGAAUUUGUAUAAGGUCAAUGAUUUAGUUAACCUAUAUUUACAUACGUUAAAAAAUAAACGUUAUAAAAGGUAGAACACCUGCAACAGUGAAAAUUAGUUCUAGAUAGCAUAUGCUAGUAUGAUAAACAAAAUCUUCAAAGAACUGUGUUUAGUUGCACAAAAGCUAAUGUCUACAUCAAGGAAACUUGCUACUGCUCAAGUAGCACCUUUGCAAGAAGCAGCUUUAAAUGAACGUUGCAUUCUUGUUGAUGAGUGGGAUAAAGUAAUUGGUGAAUCUUCAAAGAGGGACUGUCAUACUGUUGACUCUAAAGGACAAAUUCCGCUUCAUAGGGCAUUUAGUGUUUUUCUUUUUAAUGACAAAGAGGAACUGUUACUUCAGAAACGAUCCGCAACUAAGAUUACGUUUCCAAACUAUUACACGAAUACAUGCUGUAGUCAUCCGCUGGCAGAAAUUCCAAAUGAAACUGAAGAACGUGAUGCAUUAGGAAUUCGUAGAGCUGCUAUACGAAGACUUGGUUAUGAAUUAGGAAUUCCUGCAUCGGAAAUUGCACCAUCGGAUUUCUUAUAUUUAACAAGGAUUCAUUAUUUUGCACCAAGUGGGGAAUGGGGAGAACAUGAAAUAGAUUAUAUAUUAUUUCUCCAAAAAAGUAAUAUAACAUUAAAUCCAAAUCUUGAUGAAGUUUCUGAACUUCAUUGGGUAUCAAAAUCCAAAAUGAAAGAGUUUUUAAACAAUGCAGAUUCACCACUGACACCUUGGUUCGAAUUAGUUCUUAAAAAUAAAUUAUUCUUUUGGUGGGAUAAUUUACGUGGAUUAGACAAACUGAAAGAGAAUGAUACUAUUUUAAGAUUUACAUAAAACUCUUUAAUGAAGAUUCAUGGGUUUUGAGGAAGUUUAAUCAUACAUUUUCUAUGAUAUAUUUAUAUUAAAAGCUGUUGUUGAGUAAAAUAAAAGUUUAUUAACAAACUGAUAUUUUUGUGUACACAAUGAGGUAAUUAUAUAAAAUUAUUAUAUUUGUCUAUUGAA